CCCUUCCUGCCUGCCCUCCUUCCGGGGCACCCAGUGGCUCAGCUCCAGGGGCAUAUCAACAAGCAGAUGGGCGGAUGCAGCCUGUCUCCUAGGCAGGCAGGAAACCACAGUGGCAGGAGAGGAGAGCAGAGGGGAGACCACCAUGAGGCCUUGGAAUCGAGUCAAGGUUGCCAAAUGCCAGAUGCUGGUCACCGGCUUCUUUGUCUUGCUGCUGAGCCUCUCUGUGGCCACCACAGCCAUCUUCUCCUACUGUGGGCCCCACUUUACUGUCAUCAGCUGCGUGUCCUCUGAGAAGAACCCGUACAAAGCCAUGCACCACUGGGCCUUCUACGUGGGGAUUGGCCUGACUGGCCUCCUGACCCUGGGGGCUGCCCUGAGCACAGCAGCCACAAUGAGGGAGGCCCAGGGCCUCAUGGCUGGGGGCUUCCUGUGCUUCACCCUGGCAUUCUGCACCUUGCUUCAGGUGGCCUUCUGGAGGUUCCGCAACCCCACCCAGGUGGAGAACGCCGUGUUGGACACCUACGAUCUGGUGUAUGACCAGGCGAUGAAUAGCAUGUCUGCUGUCCGGCGGCAGGAGCUGGCAGCCAUCCAGGACACAUUUCUGUGCUGUGGAAAGAGAUCUCCUUUCAGCCUUCUUGGGAGCACAGAAGCUGACCUGUGUCAGGGAGAGGAGGCAGCAAGAGAGGACUGCCUCCAGGGGAUCCAGAACUUCUUGAGGACACACGAGAAGAUCACCUCCAUGCUGACCAGCAUUGGGCUGGCCCUUACGGUGUAUGCGAUACUUCUCAGCUCCUUCCUCUGGUUUGCCAUCCACUCCGGCUGCAACUUGGACCGCAAAGGCAAAUACUCCCUGACUCCACGAGCCCAUGGCCACCAGCACCAGGAGCCCAGCCUCUUCAGACACUCGCAAGGGGGUAUGAGCACUUCCACACUCUGAAGAAGAUGCUCUUGAUGACUGAGCCCAAGAGGAUGUUCGGGUGGUCUUCAGCGGCCCCAGAACUGAUGCUCUGCUUCAGCCCCCUUUCUGGCUGCCUGUCUGCCCACAGAGGUGAAGAUGUUCCCGCCACCAGCCCUCCUGUGAUUCUUAUGGGGUAGAUACGAGCUGUUUUCAUCCACAUUGAGGUGGGAUGGGGAAGGGGGAGAUAGGCUCCAUUGAAAACAGAUGGAAAGACACAGGGCAAUCCACUGGAUCCCUGGGAACAGGCUGGGGAAUGAGGAAGCACAAAGAAAGGCAAGUGGCAGGGGCAGCACAGGGCCGCUGGGAAGUAUGGGUAGGCAUGCUGCCCUGAGGCCACCACUGCAAACCCCUGCACGUGUUUUAUUUGCCGCAUAACAAGCAGCACGGACUUAGUAACUUACAGCAUCCCCGUUCCUCAACUCGUAGUUCUCUAGGUCAGAAGUUCUGGGGGCUCAGCUGGCCCCCUUCUCAGGUCUCAUAAGACUGAAACCAAGGCAUCAGGGGUGGGCUCCUGUCUUCAGGCUUUUGGGGAGAACCUGCUUCCAGGCCACUGAGCGCGUUGGAAGAAUGUGUUUCUUGGAGUUGUAGUAUGGAUAUUGCCGUUUCCUUGCCGGCCAUCAGCCAGGGUUGCUUUCUGCUCCUAGAAGUCACUUCUUCCUGUGGCCCCUCCUAUCGCCAAACCGGCGCUAGCAUGCUGAGGUGACGUCUCUGACUUGUACCAGGCGGAGAAACCUCUCAGCUUGGAAGGACUCUAAGAUUAGAUGAGGCCUACCUGGGGACCAGCAGACGGCGUAGUGGUUACAUCACACGGGCAACUGUGGUGCAAGUCCCGGACCCAGCGGCUUAAAAUUCAUGCCAGGUGUGUGUGCCUGUGUGCCCAAGAUUCCGAGAUGAA